CUCCUUAUUUCCCUGGCAAAUGCUCUAACCACGACCAGUCACAUAACUCUCCUCCUCCUGCUGCUACUCCUCCUUCUCAAAGUCAUUCCCUUCCACUCUUCCUAUUUUCCUCAGUCCUUGUCUGAGACGUACCGCAUUUUCCCGGAGGAUAAGAUGCCAUGGACGCCACAGGAAGAAUGAGACUUUACUUCUGUUCGUUUAUGCUCCUCUUGACAGGAGUCACAUCUGAGUUCAUCCACAUCCCGUCGCUGCUCCUCCAUGGCGUCGAGGGAAAGCGCCUGCUUCUGUCUGUCUCCCUUUACUUCCCAUUAGAGGAGGUUGAGAUCCAGGGAACCUGGUCCCACACCACGGCAGACGGCACCAGAACCACAUUAGUGACGUUCACCCAAGACUCCGCGAUCACGAACAUGGUUUACAGAAGCCGCCUCCUCUUUAAAGAACCCGAAGUUUCCUUGAUGAUUCGGAAUUUAACCCGACAAGAUGAGGGCGACUACCAGCUGAAUCUCAACAUACAGUUCCACAACAAGACAGGGAAGGUGAUCAAGGAGUCAAGGACAGUGCAUGUAACUGUGGAUGUCCCUGUUUCUAAUCCCGUCGUCUGGAAAAGUCCGGCACAUGCAGUGGUUGAGGACAAGGCCAACGUGACUCUGACUUGUUCUGUGGACAAGGGAACAAGGAUUGAGUAUCAGUGGCUGAGGAACAACAUCCCUGUUGGUCCUGGUGAAAGACACUACUUCACCAAGGACAACUCCACGUUGCUCAUCAGCCCUGUAAAGAAGGGAGACAAGGGAAGUUACCGCUGUGUUGUCAGAAACCCAGUGAGCCAGCAUCGCUACAGCAGGCCGGUAGAAGUCAACGUUUACUAUGGGCCAUACAACCUUGAGGUCAACUCAGACCAGGGUCUUCGCACUGGGGAGGUUUUCACCAUCAACCCUGGAGAGCUAGUCUUCUUUGAAUGCCAGGCGGAUUCUAACCCGCCCAACAGCUACAUGUGGAUCUCCAAGAGCCGCAACAGCACACAGGUCAUCACUGAAGGUCCUCGGUUGGAGGUGCGCUCCUACAGAUUGGCCCAGGCUGAGGAGUACCUGUGUCGAGCGUUCAACAACUUCACACAGAAACAAGAUGAAGCUCAAUUCACCCUGGUGGUGGCCAGUUUAGGAACAGGAAAAGAAAAACGUACACAGGAGAACAGCGCUGUAUCACCAACAGUCAUCGUGGUCUGCUCUCUCUUUGUCAUCGGCGUGAUGGUUCUCCUGUUCCUCAGGAGGACCUGUCACCCAAAAAGAGCACUUGAAACUGUGUUCAUGAAUAUUUACAAAAGGCCUCUUUCAGAGGGGAAACUGCAGCAUCGUUCAGGUCAUGAAGAUGCAACAGAAGACUUCGGCAUCUACGAGUUUGUUUCCGUUCCAGGGAAAAUGGAGUCUGCGCAGGCAUCAUGCAGAUCUCUGGCUCGCCUGGAGUCAGUUCAAGACAUGCACACCACCAUCUACGAUGUGAUCCAAUACGUACCUGAAACCCCCAACCACACUUUGCUUAUGUAAAAUGUGACAUUCCAGUUAAGGCGUUACUUUCAGCUGUUCCACCAUUGUAGCUUUUGUCUUCUUCAUCAAAGCAAUGGAUUUUGUGGUUUCACUUUGAAGGAUGAAGGACUUCAGUGUGAGUAUAUGCAACUUCGCUGUGCACUGUUUUGCAGAGACGCUUCAAAAAAGUUAAUAUAUGAUGUCUUUAUUUAAAUGUUAAGUGAAUUUCAAUUUGUGUUGUAUUCUACGAUCGGCCAGGGAUGCAAAACAUUUUCUUGUGUCUACCUGGUCUUUAUCUGUGCAGACAGAACACCGUUUUGUAAGUGUUAUAAAAAAAGCAUUUUUUUUCUCUAUUUAAAAUAUGUGUGUAAAAUAAGUGUGUAAAUAUUGUAAAUAAUAUGACUGCAAAUCAUGUUCUCAGCCUGUGUCUUAAAUCUAUUCACUUAGUUCCCACUAAUGUAGCAUUUUAUCAGACUUCUUUUGAAUGUGAAAGCAGGACCAAGGGAACUUUUAAAUUAUUCUUAAAUUAUGUCUAUUUGUA